GUUCCUCUUCUUCGUCGCUCUAGUCUCCUCUCCUCUCAAGCCUCUUAUUCUCAAUACCGCUCUCUGCCAAUCAAAGUUGAAAACCACCCCCAAAAUCCUCCUCACCCCGUCGUAAAGAAGAACGGCACCCGCCGGAUGAGGACCAAGCAUAUCUCGCAAUGGAUCCCAGCCGCCCGUGCUCUCUCCUCUUUGGCAACCUAUCGGACCACGCUUCCCUGUCCUGCAGCAAUGGUUCGAGGUGGAGGCGAGUGGAUCCAUGGCGCGGUGAGGCAUGAGGAGUGUGCUACAGCGGGCACGGCGGAUCCAAGGCACGACAGUGGGACCUACGACGGGCGCAGCAGGGGCUGGAUGGAGCUUUGCCUCCGCCUUUACCUCCAUCUCCACUCACUCAUGGUGCUCCCUCGCCUUCGGACAGGGCGUGGCUGUGAAGGAGAGGAGCAUCUCGGUGACCCUCUUGACCAGAGGGUAGGGAAAGAGAAUAGAUCCCGACUUGGAGAUCAUCAGCUUCGCCAAGAGGAGAUGCAGAUCAAGGAGAAGAUUGUGCCUCUCAAGGUUUGGUUUGCUUCUCCGGUCAACUGCUGCACACCUGCAGGCUGUUUCGGUGCCUCCUUGUCUUUUAAUCACUCACAUGAAUGCAGUGGUGAAUCUAUAGAUUAACCUCCGAAUGAACAACACUGUAAUCAGGGACCAGUUCUUGCGGGUAUGUAACAUAUAUUGCAUUGGAAUAAUUGUGUGACAGCUCAGUUGCCCAUGAGCUAGUAAUUACUGAUAAGCAUCCAUAUUUUCUUGUAACCCAUUUUAUAUUUUUUUGUUUUUCAAAAACAGACCCGACCCGUCACUGAUAUAUAGUCAUUAGUAACGGGUCUGGAUCUAGAUCCGUCACUGAUA